AUGCCUCGCGAAAACAGUUUCACGGACUCUGAUCGGCGUUCCUUGACGCCUGACCUUGAGGAUGAAUUCAUGUCAUCGCUGAGUCCAGCGCCGCGUUCCGCAUCUCCUGCUGAUGUUGAACCAUCUCUACUCUCCAAUGGAUCCUCCCAAAAGCCCGCACCUCCGAAUCGCUUCCGUGCAUGUGUUCGCAAGGUGAUAUCUAUGCACCGGACAACAACUGUCCUUUCGAGCUUCAGUCUCGUCGGUGCAGAACCUGGUGUCGACCCGCGCAAGCAGUCCGCAUAUCUCCAUUACGCGCACAUUCGCGAGCGCUGCGAGAUCCAGAUCACUGACUACAGUACCGUGAGGAGCAGCUUUGGAAAGAUGGAUAAUGAGCGUUUUUUACAAAUGUUCAAUGAUGAGAGAAGUUCGGAGAGGGAGUCGUGGGUGAAAGUGAGGUGGAUAAAUGUGUGCGGCAUCAGCUGGGAUGUGAUGAGUGCGCUUGCCUUGAAAUAUGACCUUCACCCCCUCGCCCUCGAAGACGUCUUGCACAAAUCCGGACACACGCGCUCCAAAACGGACUACUACAGUCAACACCUCUUUAUCUAUGUCUUAUCUCACACACUUGCUUCCUCCUCUUCAUCUCCAAACUCCUACACACCAGAAGAUGAAGACCCACCACGGAGUUCCUCACCAGGUCCAAUGACGCCAGGGGACUACCACAAGGAAUAUUUCAAGGAAAACGACGUCCAUGCAGAGGCUGAGGCUGAAGAUCGUACGAUGUAUGGCGGCAGUGCGCCUGCAACCUGGCGACUCGGAAGCGCUAUCAGGAACAGAAGGUCAGCGAAAACUGACAUGGAAAGUGCGGCAAGGGCCAAGGAGGACGGCUUAACCUCGCUGACGUCUGCUACACGGAAAGAGAGCGCGUCCCGAAAACGCCGGGAGAAAGCUCAGAUGACUCUCACUGAUCUGAAGAAGGCAGGCCGCGUAAACGUUUGCAUCCACCCGAUAUCAAUUUUCUUAUUGAGAGAUGGCACAGUAAUCUCUGUUAUGCCGUCCAAUUUCAUCGACUUCACGGGUCCCAUUAUGGCGCGUCUCCGACAGCCCGACACGGGGCUGCGUGCAUCCGCAGAUCCCAGUCUGCUCGUUCAAAGUCUGCUCGACCUCAUCGUGGACUCUGCAAUCGAGGUAGUGGAUGCAUUCCAUGAGAAGAUAUUGCAGCUGGAAUACGAUGUGUUGAUGAAGCCGGAUAUGAAAGUGGUUUCAAGGCUGCAUAUUCUUUCCGGUGAUUUGAUGCUGCAUAAGCGGACCCUUGGGCCUCUCAAGACAGUCAUUUAUGGGCUACGGCGGUAUGACGAGGACCGGUGUGCUGCACUGCUCUCGCCUGCUGAGAAGGAGAUCCAAGAGCAAAGGAGAGAGAAAGUAAAGGGGUUCAUGUCCCAUAAGAGUAAAAUAUACUUGGCGGACGUGCAUGAUCAUAUGGAAUAUAUCCUUACAAGCAUGGAUAUGUUCGCAGGGAUCGCAGAAAACCUGAUCAACUACACGUUCAAUAUGAAAUCACACGAGAUGAACGUAGUCAUGCGCCGCCUCACCCUCGCAACUAUCAUAUUCCUCCCGCUGACAUUGCUCACAGGUUACUUUGGAAUGAAUUUUGAAUUUAUGUGGAGUAUUAAAACCCAUUCCGACCUCUUCUUUUGGAAGAUCGCGAUCCCUGUCAUGGCAUUCGUCAUACCCUUAUUUAUGUGGUCAGACUUGAAGGGUGCUGCACAUUACGCUGAGAAGCGGUGGGCAGCGAGGAAGUCGAUGAUGACGAUCAAGGGUAAGUUGGCGUGA